CUUCAUAUCUGAUGGAAUUGACCAAUAAUCAUAAAAAAGCAUUAUGCAUUUGAGUGACAUGUUAUUUUGGGAUUUUUACUGACCUUUCACAGGCCUUUGGGCUUGGGUAACGAAGGAUACUUCCAAGUGGAUUCAAUGAUUCUGUGAACCAAGCUGGAAUUAAUUACUACCGAAACUUGCUCAGUGAAUUGCGGAAUAAAAAUAUAAUCCCAAUGGUUACUUUGUACCAUUGGGACCUACCCCAGUCAAUUCAGGAUAAAGGAGGCUGGACAAAUGAGGAAACAAUCCAGUAUUUCGUAGAUUAUGCGAGGAUCGUGUUCCAGAAUUUUCCAGACGUGGAUUACUGGAUAACGAUUCACGAACCAAAACAGGUUUGUAGAGGAGGAUAUGGCAAUGGGAGUUUGGCCCCCUUCAUUUUCGACAGUGGAAGAGCUGAUUAUAAGUGUGCUUAUGUAAUACUGAAGGCACAUGCUGCUGUUUAUCAUAUGUACAAGAAUGAGUUUCCAGAUUCGAAAGGAAAAGUAUCAAUAGCCCUUGAUGGAUCUUGGUCUCAACCACGUGUUAAUACUAAAAAUGAAAUUAAAGCAGCUAAAAGAAGACACGAUUUUGAGUUUGGAUUAUACGCAAAUCCAAUUUUCGUCAACGAUUGGCCACAAACGGUAAAGCAAAUAGUUUACGCUAGAAGUGAAAAAGAACAUUUUAAUGGUUCACGGCUACCCUAUUUUUCGCCAGAGGAAAUUUCAGAAAUACGUGGUACCGCAGAUUUUAUGGCUCUAAAUUACUAUGGAGCUCGUGGUGUAGAAGAUGCUAAAGUGUAUUAUGACACUUAUGGGUAUGAUAACGACUUGGCUGUCAAGUAUUGGCAAAAUGACUCUUGGGUUGAAAUGUCCAGUGGACUUUCCGUCGUCCCGUGGAGCAUUCAAAGCUUUUUGUCAUAUGUGAGAGAUGAUUUUCAUGUAACAGAAAUAAUAAUAACAGGAAAUGGUGUGGAAGACGAACAUCCCACACAGGAUAAUUUCAGGAUAAAUUAUAUUGCUGAUCAUCUUCAAUAUAUUUUGAAAGCCAUUUACAAAAAUGGAAUUAAUGUUACUGGCUACACCUACUGCAAUCUUUUGGAUAGCUUUGAAUGGAACGAAGCGUAUAGCCCACAUUACGGCCUUUACAGCGUUGACGACGAUAAAUCUAGAAGCGCCAAAGAUUCAGUUGACUUUUAUCGACGAGUUGCCACGGAACAUAAAAUCCCUGUAGACAUUCAUCCUCCUGGCUAUCCAACGACUGCAGAGUCUGAAAGUACAAUUUCUUCCAGAACAACUACAACCACAAUGGAAACAACUAUUACUACUAGUACAACUGGUACUACAGAUGAGCGAAAACAUUCUGGAUCGACGAGUUCUUCUGGAGUCUCUGGGCUUCUUUUGACAGUCUCUAUGUCAGUUUCAAUAUAUUUGAAACUCUUUUGAUAGUAUUCAAACAUGAGAAGAUAACUUUGAAUUCCUUCUCAGUAGCGUCGAAUUCAAACGAAAUAUAUGUCACAUUGGGCAAAUGUGUAUUAUUGUUGUAUUGAUGUUACUAAUUAAGUUGUGAUGUUAUUAAUAUAUUGUAAAAGUUUGUUGAUUAUUGAAUUGUCAAAAAUGUGCUAAGAUUAUUUCAAUAUACUUUUUUAUCUACA